AUGGCAGGCAAACGGGAGAUUCAAGAAUUCCUCAUGCAUAUUGAAGAUGCAACGGAGGAGAUGGCCCUGUAUUAUUUGGAAAUGUGCAACGGAAACUGCAACGAUGCUUUACAGUUGUACUACGAAAUAAAUGGAGGGCCCUCUGCGCAGGGAGAACAGGCUGUGAACCCAACGGGGUCUGCAGAAGCCACGCUGACCGAUGCAGAUUUCGGACAAGCAACAAGUCACCAUAAAGAAGAUGCAGUGGAAGAGAAUUGGAGCACUCAGUGUGAUGGUGAUGAUAGCGUUAGAGAACCAGAUAAACAUUUUCAUCAAGCGUUAAUUAACGACAUGGAUUAUUCAAAUUUCGUGCAUAUUAAUACAAAGAACAAGAAUGAAAAAAAAAAGAAAAAAGAAAUGGAAUUAGGGGAUACCUUUAGCAAGUUGUUUUCGGCACCCACAUCUCUCAUUUGUUCGCUAUCUUUGGAAGAAGUACGUAAAAAGGCGAAAGCGGAAAACAAGUAUAUCCUUGCGAGUAUUCAAGAUUCAGAAUUCGAUUCCUUAAAAUUGAACAGAGAUAUAUGGAACAACGAAAUGGUGCAAGACAUAAUAAAGAAUUUUUUCAUUUUUUGGUUGCGCGAUGAGCAUGAGGAAGAUGCACUGGUCUUCACGAGUACCUACAAGGUGACGAAGCUACCACACAUUUGCGUUCUUUGCAAAAGAACAGGGCGCAAGAUAAAAGUAUGGAACAUCAAAAACUUCCAGGAUCCAAUAUGUGCGCAGUCACAGUUGUACGAAUUUAUCGAGAUGAUGGUUUCUAAAAGUGAGAGAGAUGCAGGGACAGUGAGCAAAGGCCAUAGUCUUCCUCCUCCUUUUGAACUUCGCAAUGAGGUAGUGCAUACUGAAGGAGAAAAUCAGAACAGUACGUACAGCGUGGUCCAUGCAAAUGUAUCAUGUAACACAUUAAAAGAGACAACACCACCUGGAGUAGGUGAAACCCAUGGGGCAGGUAGCAAGGAAAAAAGUUGUGGCACCCCUGAAGGUUUUUUAAAGGCAGAUGAACAACCUACUGCCGAGGGUAGAGAAAACGCAGUGGAGUAUAACAAAAUAAAUAAUGAGUUGUCGGAGCUACAUAAAUUGAGAUUACAACGCUUUCGGAAGGGAUAG